CCCCCGGCUUCGCCUCCCCUUGCCGCCGCUGCCGCCGCCGCCGCUGCUGCUGCCCGUGCCGCUGCCGCUUCCCGCGGCCUGGGCCUCCCGCCGCCAGCAUGCCGCACGCCUUCAAGCCCGGGGACUUGGUGUUCGCCAAGAUGAAGGGCUACCCGCACUGGCCGGCCCGGAUCGAUGACAUCGCCGACGGUGCCGUGAAGCCCCCGCCCAACAAGUACCCCAUCUUCUUCUUUGGUACCCACGAAACAGCCUUCCUGGGACCCAAGGACCUGUUUCCCUACGACAAGUGUAAAGAUAAGUACGGGAAACCCAACAAGAGGAAAGGCUUCAAUGAGGGCCUGUGGGAGAUCCAGAACAACCCCCAUGCCAGCUACAGUGCUCCUCUGCCGGUGAGUUCCUCCGACAGCGAGGCCCCUGAAGCCGACCCGGCAGGUGGCAGUGAGGACGACGAGGACCGGGGGGUCAUGGCCGUCACAGCCGUGACCGCUGCAGCCGCCAGCGACAGGAUGGAGAGCGACUCGGACUCGGACAAGAGCAGUGACAACAGCGGCCUCAAGCGGAAGGCGGUGGCCUUGAAGAGUUUCCCGAGCACACGGGCUUUCUCAGUUGCUGAUGUGUCCGGGCUGCUCCCCUUCCAGAUGUCGGUCUCAAAACGAGCUCGAAAGGCCUCCAGUGACCUGGAUCAAGCCAGCAUGUCUCCAUCCGAGGAGGAGAACUCGGAAAGCUCCUCCGAGUCAGAGAAGACCAGUGACCAGGACUUCACCCCCGAGAAGAAAGCCGUGGUCCGGGCCCCACGGCGGGGCCCCCUUCCAGGACGGAAGAAAAAGAAGGCGCCGUCAGCCUCCGACUCGGACUCCAAAGCAGAAUCGGACGGGGCGAAGGCUGAGCCUGUGGCCGUGGCGAGGUCGGCGUCCUCCUCCUCCUCCUGCUCCUCCUCCUCCGACUCGGACGUGUCCGUAAAGAAGCCUCCUCGGGGCAGGAAGCCAGCCGAGAAGCCUCCCCCCAAGCCUCGCGGACGGAAACCGAAGCUUGAGCGGCCACCGACCACCUCGAGCAGUGACAGCGACAGCGACGAGGUGGACCGCAUCAGCGAGUGGAAGCGGCGGGACGAGGAGCGGCGGCGUGAGCUGGAGGCGCGGCGGCGCAGGGAGCAGGAGGAGGAGCUGCGGCGGCUGCGCGAGCGCGACAAGGAGGAGAAGGAGCGGCGGCGGGGGCGGGAGCGUGGGGAGGCGGCGCCUGCGGGCAGCGCGGGCAGCAGCGGCGACGAGCUCAAGGACGACGACGAGCCCGUCAAGAAGCGCGGCCGGAAGGGCCGCGGCCGGGGCCCCCAGUCCUCCUCCGACUCGGAGCCCGAGGCCGAACUGGACAGAGAGGUGAAGAAAUCAGCGAAGAAGUUGCACCUGCAAAGCACAGAGCCCGCGCGGAGACCCAGCCAGAAGGAGAAGAGAGGGCGCCCCGAGGAGAAGCCCCGGGCCAGGUCCGCGAAGGUGGAGCGGACCCGGAAGCGGUCAGAAGGGUUCCCACCAGACCGGAAGGUUGAGAAGAAGAAAGAACCUUCCGUGGAGGAGAAGCUUCAGAAGCUGCACAGCGAGAUCAAGUUCGCCCUGAAGGUUGACAAUCCGGAUGUGAAGAGGUGUCUGAACGCGUUAGAGGAACUAGGGACCCUACAGGUGACCUCACAGAUCCUCCAGAAGAACACGGACGUGGUGGCCACGUUGAAGAAGAUCCGCCGCUACAAGGCCAACAAGGAGGUGAUGGAGAAGGCUGCGGAGGUCUACGCCCGGCUCAAGUCUCGGGUCCUGGGACCAAAGAUCGAGGCCAUCCAGAAGGCGACCAGAACUGGGCCGGAGAAGGCCGAGGAGAUACUGGCAGGAGAGGAGGCCCCUGCGGAGAGGGCGGAGGACGAGACGAGCGCUGAUCUCGCAGCCCCCGUGAACGGCGAGGCCAUGUCCCAGAAGGGGGAGAGCAUGGAGGACAAGGAGCCGGAUGAAGGACAGAACUCAGAGGAGGGGCCGGGGGGCGGCUCCUCUGAAGACCCGUUACACAACGACAGCGCGCGGGAGGGCCCCGACCUGGACGGGCCCGGGAAGGAGCGGCAGGAGCGAGAGAGGCUGCGGGUGGACUCGGAGUCCCUGGACGACGAGGACAGCUGAGCCGGGCAGCCUGCGGCCGGGCCCCGCCGCCACGCGCAGCCGCCCCGAGGCCUGCCUGGCUCCUUCCCGGCACCCAGGGAGCAGAGAACUGUUGGGGAGACGCUGUUGUUUGUAUCUGUUCCCCUGGGUUUUUUUUUUUUUUUUGCCUAAUUUCUGUGAUUUCCAACGGACAUGAAAUGACUAUAAAGGGUUUUUUUUAAUGAAAAAAAAAAGUUGCUUUUAUUGGCUCGGUUUUCUAGCGUGUCUGGUUUGCAGUUGUCAAGGAGCUGUCCAGGGACAGAGGAUUUUAAGCCAUAGGGUCACCGUGAACAGCGAAUAUGAAUUUGGUUCUGAUGGUGCUCCAAGCCCUGCAGGGCUGACGGAGGCAGUGAGCAAGGCCUUUCCAAAAGUACCAGGAGGGAUGCUGAGGGCUGUCUGUUCUCGAUGUUCACAGGGCGUGGGUGUUGGGGGCAGGACUCGCUGUGUGAUGUGGGCCGAGUGACACCCCACGCUCUGGGCUUCUCUGUGCUCACCUGUCGCUUGGAUUCAGAUGUGGGGGGAUGUGUGUGCAGCACCCAGCCAGGCAUCUGCACACGGCGGUUGCUGGUUAAACGGUGGCCUCUACCGUGUGUCCCCUGUCCUGCCGGUGGCCGAGCCCCUCUGUCCCGGCUGAGAGAGAGGUGUGGUGUGGUUUUGCUCCCUGGGCCUGGCGUACCGCCCCCGCCCCUGCCCCUGCCCCUUUUGGUUAGGUUUGGUUUGGUUGGAUUUGGUUGUCGCUGAGCUCGGUUUCCGUGAACGACUGUUUCCAGUGUCACCCCCUCCGAUGGCCGUCUGUGAUGGGGAGUGAGGAAGGAAGGGCUCGGGGAAGUUCCCGGACUGGUCCCCAUGUCUUGCCUCGGCCAGCUCCUGUGGUGCAGGGCCCCUCGUGGCCCCUGGCAGCCCUGGUGACCCUCUGGGGAGAGCUGGCCCUUCCUUCCCAGGGCUGGGAGCACCUGGUGAUUUCUGAGAAGCGGGGCCUCUUUGCUUCCUCCGUCAAGGAGGUGGCCAGAUAGGGGGGCUGCGGGUGUGGGAAGUGGGGGCUUGACAAGCCUCGGGCCGCUGGAAUUCUGACGCAGCAGCUCCCUCAGCAUCUCCCGGGGCCCCGGGGAGCAGGGGGAGUGGCCCUCUGUUGUCCCACCUUCCCAUGUGCAGCCCACCUCGCAGGGUGCCCCAAGGAUCCAGGGAGAGCACGGCGGGAAGGAAGGGGCCCUUGUCCCGGGGCUGCUGGUCUCUGGCCUGGAGCACGUGACCUGAACGUGUGUCGAGCACGUUUUUCUGUUUUUGGUUUUUUUGGCCGCGCCUUGUGGUUUGUGGGAUCUUAGUUCCCCGACCAGGGAUCCAACCCGCACCCUUGGCAGUGAAAGCACAGAGCCCUUACCACUGGACCACCUGGGAAGUCCCCCGAGCACAUUGUCACGUGCUCCCUAGGGCCGCAUCCCUUGUGAGGGAGCCCCUUUAUUCCUUCAUCGGCAGCCUCUGGGCCCAGGGACCUGAGAACA